CAAAUAGAUAUCCCACCUAGUAAAGAAGUUCCGAUAACUUUUGUGCGCAGAUAUUGGAUCAAGAGGAUAUGGCUGGCGUUAAGCGGAUACCGAAUGGGUUUACACAUGCAAGUUCCGGUGACAAGGGGAUUCAACUUGGAGAUAAUGAAGAGCUCUGGUUGUUUUCUUUGCCCGUGGACUUCGAUGUCAAGAAGCUAGAUGGUAUAAAACUCCAGGAGAAAGGUGCAACACCAAUUACAAGUGCCGUUGAGGGUGACAAGGACUACAUGAUCUCAUAUCCCAAACCCGCAGGCAGCGAGAGUAUAUGUUUACUACCGCUAGCGACUGUGUUGGGCCGGGAUGGUCUACAGCGUGGAAAUCCCUUCACGCGUGAGGUGACAAUAUCGAGGGACUUCGCAAUACCUGAGCCAAAGAAGGGCACAUACGACCCACCACUGUGUGUACCACCGAAAGAUGUAAAACCGAGGUAUAUACCCUUUGGAAAUGGCGUUACAACGCGCAGUGCGGGGAAACGAAAGGCAUCAGAGGUAAGAGAGCUCGCAUCUUCAGAGGUGACUAGUCCGAAGAAGAAGCGAAAGCGAAGUGAAACGAAGGAGGAGGAAGCUGCACCUGUGGAAGCUAGUUCAAGCAAGAAGAGCAAAAAGAUUAGUAAGGAUUCGCUUUUAGCGAAGAAGAAAAAGUCCAAGAAGAGCAAAUAAGGCCAUUUCUACAUACAUCAGCGCACUUACUAAUAAUAAUAUAGAAUUAAAGGCAAUUUUGGGUCAUUAAAAUACAAAUGGGCAAAAUAUCCAAGGUUAUUGUUAUUUAUGUGGAAGAAAUCAAAUAGGACUUGGCCUGAUUGGACUGGUAGUGUGUGACUCGCUGUGUCCCAAAUUCCCAAUCCCUGGAUCCCAACUUCCCAAGGGACAGAUACAUAUUUUGUCAUUAUUCUAGGAGGCUAUGCAUCAAGAGACCUAAGAACAAUGCAUGUUAGCCUCCUGAAAAAAGAACAUUUCAGGAGGCUAUGGCAAUAAUGGCAUACAUAUUUGAG